CAUCAGGAGGAAAAUUUACGCAAACUCAGAGGAUUGACAGUAAUUGUGGCAGGUGACGGUCGUUGCGAUUCACCUGGAUUUAGUGCUAAAUAUGGCACUUACACACUUAUGGAUCUAAAAACAAAUUUGAUAUUAGACUUCUAUAUCACCCAGUGUACAGAAGCAGGAAACUCUGUAAAUAUGGAGAAAUAUGGUCUGAAGAAAUGCAUUGAACACCUACUGGCUUCAAAUGUUUCAAUUGACACUCUUACUACUGACAAGCACAUCCAAAUACGGUCCGUCUUGAAAAAGGAGUAUCCAGAAAUCAACCAUCAGUUUGAUGUGAGGCACAUUGGUAAAUCUGUCGGAAAGAAAAUAAGCCAGAAGUCUAAAGUGAAAGGUUGUGAAAAACUUAAAGAUUGGCGGAAAUCCAUUGUUAACCACUUAUGGUAUUCCUGUGCAACAUGUGAUGGUGAUGAGGACAUUCUAAUCGAAUGCUGGGUAUCUGUCCUGCAGCACAUUUCAAACGUUCAUGUUUUCCCAGGUAAUCAUGUCACCGAAUGCCGCCAUGGCGUAUUAGGGGAAGAAAUCCAAAGAAAAACCAAAUGGUUAAAGCCCAACAGUGCAGCCAAUCUCGCCCUCAAGGAGAUAGUGAUUAACCCUAGACUUCUAAAGGACAUAAGACAGUGUUCAAAAUUUUGCCAUACAGGAAACUUGGAGUCGUAUUAUUCACUGAUGUUGAAGUACUGCCCAAAGCGACUUCAUUACAGCAGGGCAGUAAUGAAUGCACGGACUCAACUGGCAGCACUGGAUCACAAUUUUAAUGUGAACAGAUCACAGGCCAUCAUCAAAAAGGGACAGCGAAAGGGGGAAGCAAGAUAUCGGACUGAAUGUCCCAAAAUGUCUAAAGAGUGGGUAGCGAAAAAAGUGUAUGAAGAGAAAUCGUACGAACAUGUUCACAAGUUGAUGGACAGUGCUGCAUUUAGUUUAAAGAAUAACCAUUUGCCAGAACGUCCCGUGAAACGAAGUCUUCCAAAAAAUAUUUCUGGGAAAGAAAAACCAAACAAAGAGGAGAUAAUUAGAAAACGAGUAUCUAGAUUUAGUUCUUAAAUAGAAAAUGUUUAUUUGGUGAAAACAUGGGUACUUCAGCUGAUGUGUGUAACUGUGUGAUUUGCUGAAAGUUUCUUAUCUUAUGAAUUGGAAAAAACCUAAUCAGGUAUUACUGUCCUAGACAGGACUGGAUUUAUGUGAUGCCUUGUUUUUUUUUUCUAAAGAAGAUUGUUAUCAUGAUUAGCUGUUUUUUGUAAUGCAAAGGAAUUGAAUUUGUACAGCUUUCAUUAGGCGUAAAAAGAAAAAUUGUUUGUUUCCGGUAUCGCGACUACCCUAAAUUUUUGGCCCGACCAAAAAAGUUUUUAUGACCUUUGAGAAUAAUUUUUUUCAACUUUUUGACAAAAAGUUGACAAACUACACUUGUUAUGCUUUAAACGUUGUCGCUGAUGUUAGAAAUCAACUUCCUGAUGCUCUAAAGGCAUAACCCCCUUAUUUGUAUUCAUUUUUUGACACAAAAAUAAUUUCCGAAAAGUCUCCCUUAAUAUAAAAAUGUUCAAAAAAAAAAAAUUUCCGACCUACCUACCCUAAUUUAUUUGAGCAUGUUACUGGAAACAAAGAUUGUUUUUAGGCCUUAUAUGUAUUAUGUACAUACAAAUGAACUAUAAAGUGUUAUGGUUUUAUUUUCUGUUUUGCACUGUGGGGUAACCUGUAUGAAUGUAAGGUAUACUAUUCCACGAGUAUCUGUUGGAAACUGUACUUGAUGCAUCCUUACAACAGUAAAGCAGCAUGUUCAGAAACUUUGGUUAAAAAAAAUAAUAUUUUAAAACAGUAACUGUUUUACUGGCAACUGUAUAUAUGCUGUAAUUCUUAAAAGGUAUCUGUGUUAACCUUUACAAUGCAGGACACGACUAGUUCUGCCUUUGCGACCAAUUUAGAA